AUGGCACGUCAAUUUGUCAUAUUGGCCCUAUUGGCUUUAACCGUGGCCACAGUUUUCGCUGCUGACGCUCCCUCAGCCUCUCCCAAAAAAUCUCCAUCACCCACCACUGCCCCAACCAAGGCUCCCGCCGCCCCAACCAAAGCUCCGGCCGCCGCACCUAAGUCAACCUCAGCCUCAUCUCCCCAAGCAUCUUCCCCUGCUGCAGAAGGACCCGCUGCUGAGGAUGACUACUCCGCUGUUAGUCCUAGUGAUGCUGGCGAGGGACCCACCGGCUCCUCUCCACCGGCUCCUACACCCGAUAGCACAUCCGCUGAUGGACCAAGUGAGGCAGAGGCACCAAGUAGCAGCGCUGUGACCACCGUCAAGCUCUCUGUUGGUGGCACUUUCAUUACUGCCGUCAGCUUCUUUUUGUUUUCUCUUUAA